AUGAUUGUGUACAUUAAACAAAUAUUGGUCCAAAUUGCUCAUUUAUGUUGCUGGCGCUGGUGUACUGAUACUCUGUUUCCACCGGAAUCCAUGGCCGAUGAUGGCCAACAGGAUGUGUUGGAGGAUGAGGAGGCUGUUAGCCUACUGUUACAUCUCCGCCCCAAAUUGGAUCCUCCUUCUCCCGAGUUCCUAGAUGCCGCUCUGGGAUUCCUUCCUACCGUAGGCUCUUAUGAUGCUGAUGACGACAACGAUGAGUACCUGAAGAUGGAUGAGAAAAUAAUGGGUGAUAUUGGUUUAUUCGGACACAUUAAAGGUACAUAUAUGGAUGCAUCAGCAAUCAAGGGUAGUCUUUUGAUCAAGGAUGACCGGGAAUUUGCGUUUGAUAGACCGGCCCGUUAUACGACUCUAGGGUCCAACCGCCUCUUGGAUGGCGGUGUAAUAUUACUAACCCUAUAUGUUCCUAUCGCUUCAGAACCAGGGUUUUUGGAAGAUAAGAUGGUGGUAGUCAACAGUCCUCAAUUCAGUGCUGCAUCAACUGGAAGACAGACAAGCCCAAAAGACGACGAAACCUUGGCACACUUCCAAUGGAGGCAUAAGCGGAAAAGAAACGACCGACGGACGAGAAAAGAGAACACCCCCGUGAAGCCAACUGACCAAAAAGGUCACCACAAGGUCCCUGACCCAUAUCAAAAACAACGAUUGGCCAAGCUUGAAGCGGAACUGAAAAAGCUGAAGGACGACAAUUUCUCCAACCAAAGGAAAAAGAGAUAUAUCCUCAAAGAAUACCAGCACUGUUGUCUGUUAGGCCUGCCCGAUCCUACAAACCAAGAUCUGGAUGAUUUGGUCGAGGAGAAAGAGGCAAGAAGGACUUUGGAUCUUCUCGAGAUCAGAAGAGGUAAAUGCCCUGUCCCGGAUGAAGGAGAAGAAAGGUCUCGCAAAGAAAUCCCUUAUUGUGAAGCUUCUCGUGCUAAACUUUCUGACACCCAUGGUGAUACUUUCUGGGAAGUGCUCAAGAAGACAAACCCAGUGGAACCUCCGAGAGGCAAUGUCCACUCUCGACUCGGACCCAAAGCUCCUCCAGAAAAGUCCCUUCAUGAUUAUCGUCGAGGAGGAGAUCCUCCACCUCGACACCAAGAAAAUCAAGGCAAUCAGGAUCCUUCAAUUCGAGACUCGAUGCGAAGGAUGAUAGGGAUGAUCGUGGAUAGAAGCCCUUUCAUCCCUAGGAUUCGAGACUGUUCAAAACCUCAAGACUUCGACUUCCCCAAAGACUUCGCCUGUUAUACAAGAGAUUCUGAUCCACAGCGUUUUUUAAACAAAUAUGUCCAAGUCAUGAGAAUCCGUAAUGCAUCCCUGGACUUCAUGGCAAAAGCUUUACCAUCAUUCUUCGAUGGACAGGCACGUUGGUUUGGACAGCUACCGGAAGGAAGCAUUGACAGCUUUGAGGACCUCACAGUAAAGCUAGUUACCCGGUUCUUCCUUAGCAUGCAAGUUACAAAGAUGUCAAUUGACCUAUCAUCGAUCAGGCAAGGACAUAAUGAGAGCCUCUCAGACUUCCAUCGCCGCUUUACCCGUGAAUCUCUCCAGGUUGAUAACUUCGAUGAUAGAUUCGUACGGAAUGGGUUCAUCGAAGGUCUUAACCCUUGA